GCUCAAAAUAGUUUAAAUAAUCAUUUAAACAGCAGGAUAACGUUAAUUGAACUUUGAACUGUUUUAAUUUAAUAUAAGUGUACUUUGAUCUUUAUUAGCAAUCGGUAUUUGUUAUUUGAUUUUUGAAGAUUGCAGAUAAAGCAAGUGUUCCAUAUGAAGAGUUUGUGAUUCAUAAGUUAAUUUAAAAAUAAUUGUAACGUUGUCACUUUCAUAUUAAGGAAUAUUUGUUUCAAUAUAAUAAAAGCAAAAGGUGUCAAAAUGUUUUCACGUUCGAUAUUGAAAAAGAUAACACAUCAGAAAGUAAUGCGAGCAUUUUCAACAUCUGAUCUUGCCACAGGGUAUAACUUUGAAUUAAAUGAAACACAAAAGGAAAUGCAAGAAUUGGCACGAAAAUUUACAAAAGAAGAAAUUAUUCCAGUAGCAGCUGAACAUGAUAGAACUGGAAAAUAUCCAUGGGAUAUUAUUAAAAAAGCAUGGGGUUUGGGACUUUUAAACAAACAUAUUCCUCAACACUGUGGAGGAAUGGAAGUUAGCACUUUCGAUGGUUGUUUAGUUGCAGAGGAAUUUGCUUAUGGUUGUACAGGAAUAUCAACUGCAUUGGAGGGAUCAGGAUUAGGUCAAGCACCAGUAAUUGCAGCUGGAACAAAAGAACAACACAAGAAAUAUCUUGGAAGACUCCUUGAAGAACCACUUGUUGCUGCCUAUUGCGUUACCGAACCUGCCGCUGGAUCAGAUGUAGCAGGUAUUAAAACAAAAGCUGAAAAGAAAGGAAAGGAAUGGAUUCUUAAUGGUACAAAAAUGUGGAUAACUAAUGGAGGUGUUGCUAAUUGGUAUUUCGUAUUAGCAAGGUCAAAUCCUGAUCCAAAAGCGCCAGCUGGCAAAGCUUUUACAGCUUUUAUUGUUGAACGGGAAAGCGAAGGUUUAACACCUGGUCGUAAAGAAAUAAAUAUGGGUCAAAGAGCUUCUGACACUCGAAUGAUAACAUUCGAAGAUGUUCGCGUUCCAGAAGAGAAUGUUUUAGGCAAGGAAGGCGAAGGAUUUAAAAUCGCUAUGAAGACUUUCGAUAAAACGAGACCCAUGGUUGCAUCUGCGUCCGUUGGAUUAGCUCAGAGAGCAUUAGAUGAAGCUACAAAAUAUUCAUUAGAACGUAAAACUUUUGAUAAAGUAAUAGCUGAACAUCAAGCUGUAGCGUUUAUGCUCUCCGAUAUGUCGAUUGCUGUUGAAACAGCUAGACUUGCAUGGAUGAAGUCAGCUUGGGCUGCUGAUAAUAACCUUCCAUCAGCUACAUUGCUUGCUAGUAUUGCAAAAUGUUACGGUGGUGAUGUUGCUAAUAAAUGUGCAACAGAUGCAGUACAAAUUUUCGGUGGCGCUGGAUUCAAUAGCGAAUAUCCGGUAGAAAAAUUAAUGCGAGAUGCAAAAAUUUAUCAAAUCUACGAAGGCACUGCCCAAAUUCAAAGACUUAUAAUCUCACGUCAUCUACUUAAUCAAGCUAAACAAAGAGCUACAUAAAUGGUUGAGUGUGCAGUAGUGCAUUAUCGUCAUUAUGUACUGAGGUAGUUUUUUUAUAUGCAAUUUCAUAUUUUUUUAUGAUAUUUUAUAUUUAUAUUUAAUCAAUUUCAGUAACUAUGUUACUACUCACAAAUAUUUGGCAUAUAUAAUAUAUAUUCUAAUACCUAUAUACAUAUAUAUUUUUAUAACACUUUGUAUGAUUGUUAUUAAACAUUAAAAUUUUACAAAUUGUUAUUUC